AUGUCGAAUAGAAUUCAUGAUCGAAAACAUUCAUAUCAUCGUCGUCUUUCGAAAAGUAGAAGAACAAAGACAAUUCAUAUCCAGAUUCGACCAAACCAAAAGAUUCAAUUGACUAAUGAUUAUCCAACAACGAUUUCUAAACCAAAACCAAUUCGAAAAUCAUCAUCAAUAAUAAUAGAAGAAAAAUCUCAAUCUCAAUCUCAAUUCCAACAUAAUCAAAGUAAAAGUGAUAACAAUCUUGUUCUAUUCCAUGAUCAUCAUCGAAAUCCCAAGAAAAAGAAAACUAAAAAAUGUACCAAACAGCACAUAUUAUUCACUCCAAUUAUUCUGACUAUUAUCAGUAUUAUCUUAAUUUGUUCAUUACUUCCAGUACUUUCGAUAAAAUCGAAACCAAAACUGAGUAUUUCUACGCCUGUCUUACGAUGGAAUACAAGUGGAAUCACAAUCCUUGGUAUAACAGGUCAGUUAGGGAAUAAUUCAAAUGAAUUAUACCUUCCGUGGGAUAUUAAAAUUGAUUGGUCAUAUACAAUUUAUAUAACUGAUCAAAAAAAUAAUCGAAUUCAAAGAUAUUCAUUCAAUAAUUCUCAAGGUACAACAAUCAAUAAUGGAAAUCUGACAAGUAUUAGUAGUUUAUAUAAUCUAAUUGGACCGUUAGGAAUCGAUUUUGAUAAUAACAAUAAUCUUUAUGUAUGUGAUAAUGGAAAACAUCGAGUUCUUUAUUGGUCAAAUAAUAUUCUGUCUGCUUCGAUAGUUGUUGGAAAUAGUACUUCUGGAAAUACAACAAAUUUAUUGAAUAAUCCAUAUGAUCUUACAUACGAUCCAAAUUCUGGCUCAGUUUUCGUCGCAGACACUGACAAUAAUCGAAUAAUGCGCUUUCAAUUGAAUAAUUCGACAGGUCAAAUUAUUUCUGUUGGUAAUGGAAUCGCAUUGAAUAAUACUGAAUUAGUUCGUCCAUUUGGUAUUCAUUAUGAUUCAGUUUCUGAUAGUCUUCUUAUUGCAAAUACAAAUGCGCAUAAUAUAAUUCGUUGGACAAUUGGAAGCAGUUAUUGGGCGGUUACUCAUGGUAAUUUGAAUGGAUUUAAUGGUACAUCAUCAACAGAAUUUUAUGCUCCAUCAGAUGUUACACUUGACCCGAUGGGUAAUAUGUAUGUAGUUGAUAGAUUUAAUCAACGUAUUCAAUUUUUUGAAAAUGGACAAUCAAAUGGAACAACUAUUGCUGGUCAAACGGGUGUUAAAGGAAAUACUUCUGCACUUUUCAAUUCUCCAACAUCAGUAACACUUGAUAAUCAACUUAAUCUAUAUGUUGUUGAUCGAGGAAAUCAUCGUGUACAGAAAUUUCUACGUUAUUAA